AUGGUGGGCAGCGUGUGGGCAGCCCUGGGGCUCUCCCUCAGCUGCAUCUCAGCCCUUGGCCUCGUCCCGGCCUGGUUCCAGGCCCCCACCUUCCCCUACUGCUCCUGGCCUCAGGGUGACAGCUGGAACCAGAGCUGAAUGACCUUCACAUCCUUGGAGGACAUUCCUGAGGUGGCCUCCCCAGCUGCAGCUGUGAUGCUCCUGGGAGGCUGGCUCCCGCUGGCCUCCAGUGCGGGCCUCCUCCUGUCCUGGGCACUGGCCUCCAGACUGUGUCCGAGGAGGGGCGGUGGACUGAUGCCAGGGCUACAGGCCGUGGCAGGGAAGCCACUGCUGCUGGGAUCACUGGCCCCACCAUCCAGCCUGGCCUCCCCGUUAGCCAAAGCAGUCUGCGAGGCCCCCUCCAUGCACCGUGGUGGGCAGUGCCCUGGGUGGGGCUAUGUCACUGCCAUCCUCAAUGCAAUCCUGGCCAGCCUCCUGCCCAUCAUCGGGUGGCCCUGAAUGACCAAGGUCCAGGGGAAUGCCAUCUUCUCCAGUGACACUGAGAAAAUUAUCCUUGUGCCAGAAGUAAGCAAAUAAAAAUCUUCCAGGAAGAACAGAAAGAGUCUACUCUACAGUUGGAUGAAAUCAUGAAUCCAUGUUCAAGUUCAGAUCCCACCUCUGCUUCUUCCUUGCUGUGUGACCCCAGGCAAGCCACUUUACCUCUCCGGACCUAUUUAUUCUUCUGUAAAAUGAAGGGUUGUUAUGACAGUUAACUCAAGAUCUUCAAUGUAAAUAAAGUAUUUUGGCACACAGA